UCUAAUAAUUAAAUCAUCAUCUAAUUAUACGAAUCGUUUACGAUUCAGAAUAAUGUUUUUGUAUCGUGUCUGUCUGUGUUUGUUUUGAAGUUUCCGUCUCUGUGUUCAAUUCGUUCUGGUGGUGUACAUUACAACACAUCGAAUUAAGCAUGUUUCACUCUAUCAUACUCUCUGUGCGCUUGUAUUAUCUUAUUUUGCUCAGUACAAAUGUACGCUUCAAAUCAACAGUCGCCUGACAGUACCUGGUGAUUUCGAUGUUUCAAACUCAAUCAGUCUGUGAGUGUCACCAAAUCAAGAGUGUUUGAUAUAAAAGAACACAACACUAUCAGCUUCAUUUCAUUCAAUUUUUCUCGUCUAUUGAAUACGUCAUAAUAUUUGCCACAAAAAUACAUUGAAUUGCGACAUGGAUAGUUCUUGGGUACAAACGGCAAUCAAUGCGAUUCGUGUUGUCAGUUUUGUCUGCGAUGUAAUCACAUUUCCUGUGUAUUUAGUGGUACAGCAACCAUGGAAACGACGACAAUUAUCAAAACGAGUCCGAGCAAAACCAAUUUCGGCUGAUGAUAAAGAAAUUACGUAUCGUUCCGUUGAGCCGUUCAGUGCGACACACGUGAAAAUGGUGCAAGCAAAUGUGGAUACAAUGGAAAAGAUGCUAACCUAUGCUGCAAACACUCAUACUAGCAAAAGGUGUUUGGGCACACGGAAAAUUCUGAGCGAAGAAGAUGAAAUCCAACCAAACGGUCGUGUAUUCAAAAAGUACAACAUGGGUGAUUAUGAAUGGCGUACGUUUGCCGAGGUCGAAAAGUCAACCGUUAAUUUUGGACGUGGUUUGCGCGAAUUGGGUCAAGUGGCGUACAAAAAUAUCGUCAUCUUCGCUGAAAGCAGAGCCGAAUGGAUGAUCGCCGCACAUGGAUGCUUCAAACAGAAUUUCCCCAUUGUCACCAUUUAUGCGACGCUCGGCGAAGAGGGUGUCAUUCAUGGUAUCAACGAAACGGACGCCACCAUUGUUAUUACCAGCCAUGAAUUGUUGCCAAAAUUCAAAUCUUUGUUGCCACAACUGCCAAAUGUUCAAUCGGUCAUUUAUAUGGAAGAUCAAUUGCACGAAACUAAAACCGAUGGAUUCAAAGAGGGUGUUCGUAUUUUGCCAUUCGAUGAAGUUAUUAAGUUAGGCAGCACAAGCAGUGCUGUGGCUGCUCCACCGUGCGCCGAAGACAUUGCCAUUAUAAUGUACACCUCAGGAUCGACUGGAACACCCAAAGGAGUUUUGCUAACGCAUAAAAAUUGCAUUGCAACACUUAAAGCCUUCUCAGAUGCUUUGGAAGUAUAUCCAGAUGAUGUUCUUCUUGGAUUCUUGCCAUUGGCUCACGUUCUUGAAUUACUUGCCGAGAGUUUGUGUCUUUUAGCUGGUGUACCAAUUGGUUAUUCCACACCAACUACACUCACCGAUAUCAGCAGCAAAAUUAAACAGGGUUCCAAAGGAGAUGCAUCAGUAUUAAAACCAACUGCGAUGACCACUGUGCCGCUCAUUCUGGACAGAAUAACCAAGGGAAUCAACGAUCAAGUUGAGAAAGGAACGCCAUUCCAAAAAGCAUUCUUCAAAUUUGCGUAUGACUAUAAGAAGAAAUGGGUACGCAGAGGCUAUGAAACACCAAUUUUAAACAAAUUUGUGUUUAGUAAAAUUUCAAAAAUGGUCGGUGGUCGUGUUCGAUUGAUGUUGGCCGGUGGCGCUCCAUUAUCGCCCGAAACCCAUGAACAAGCCAAAUUGUGCCUGUGCACCGAUGUCGUUCAAGGCUAUGGCUUAACGGAAACAACAUCAGGAGCAACUGUCAUGGAUCCUAUGGAUUUAUCAUUGGGACGGGUUGGAGCCCCAACAACAAUCUGUGAUAUUCGUCUGGUUUCGUGGGAAGAAGGAAACUAUCGUGUUACUAACAAACCACAUCCACAAGGAGAAAUAAUCAUUGGCGGUGAUUGUGUGUCACGAGGUUACUUCAAACUUGAAGAUAAAACUGCUGAAGAGUUCUUUGAUGAAGAUGGCAGAAGGUGGUUCAAAACCGGAGAUAUUGGAGAAUUCCAUGAAGAUGGUGUGCUUAAAAUUAUCGAUCGUAAGAAAGAUUUGGUCAAACUGCAGGCAGGUGAAUACGUUUCAUUGGGUAAAGUUGAGUCCGAAUUGAAGACUUGCCCAGUUGUCGACAACAUUUGCGUGUACGGAGAAUCAUCGAAACAUUUCGUUAUUGCAUUAGUUGUGCCAAACCAAAAACACUUGAAGGAUCUAGCACUAUCGCUAGGUAUUUCAGAUACAUUCGAAAACCUGUGCUCGUUGCCGGCUCUGGAGAAAGCUGUUGUCAAGUUAUUAGAAGAUCAUGGACGUAAAUGCAAAUUGCAAAAGUUCGAAGUUCCAGCCGCUGUAAAAUUGUGCAAAGAAGUGUGGACACCCGAUUUGGGUCUCGUUACAGCCGCAUUCAAACUUAAGCGGAAAGAUAUUCAAGAUCGUUAUCAAGCGGAUAUUAACCGAAUGUAUGGGAAAUAAAAUAGCCACAACUUCCAAUUUUAAAUUAUACAUUAGAUAAAUUUAUAUACAUAUUGCAAAUGUAAAUAGUUUUACCUAUUUUCAAAUAAUAAAAUUGAAACUAUUUUUUCUAAUUUAUAAAUUAUAAA